GAUCCAAAACUUCAUUCACUCAAUAUACAUGUUCCUAGGCCUCUACCUUGUCAGUUUAUUCUCGGUGCGUACUAAUUCUCUCAUCAUAGUUCGUCGUUGCUCUUACUUAUUUUUCGCCUAGAUGGAUCCCUAUACGUCCGCCCAAAACUCUAGAUUCAACGCUGUAAGCCCACCAAAGCGAAGCCCACGACCCAUUCCUCAAGGACGGUACGGUGGUAGUGGAGGAGGAGGUGGUGGAGGAGGUGGCGGGCCUGGCGGGCCUGGGGGGCCGUCAAAGCGAAUUGGCAGAGUCGACGACGUUCGAGGUCCCGAGUGUAGGAGUUGCGGGUGAUGAGAAUAAAACUGCUGGUGGUAAUAUGUGGCUGCUUGUCAAUAUGAUAGGCCGAAAAAUCGAUUUUGCCCUUCCCGGGACCAUGAGGGGUGCCUUAAUCUCAUUUGAAUCGUAGGUGAUGGGUUUCCAAUGCCGAGUCUAAUAAAUUACAGAUGAACUGGCUUUAACCUAUUGCGAAUAUUCCCCCUUGUGCUAGCGGCCCCGUAUUGGCGAAGAAUAUUCCAGAGAUUUGGCAGUGUUAUACUUAUGCGAAGUUUUGAGGAAAGGGCUUGAGGGUUGUCCUCCGCAUAGUUUGACCGCGAUGACGUCUAAAGGUCGAUCAGGCCUAACAUAAUGUCAUAUAUGACAGGCUCCAUAGGUUACAGAGUACUGCGAAAGGAAUUGUUUUAUUACGGAUUGAGUCGCAUCCCGACUCCUUGCCUUCAUGAUAAACCCUAAUUAGCUGUGGACGGCAACAGUCCGUUCUAAACUAAAUGUACUUGUGAGCCUUGAGAG